AAAAAAAAAAGGAAGAAGAAGAAGAAGAAGGAGAAGGAGGAAGAAAUUUCUCUUGCAUUAUGAGCUCUCGCUCUCUCCUCAUCUCCAGUCUGCGAAAUUCUUCAGGACCCAGAACGAUCAACAGAUUCUUCUCCAUCUCUGUUUGACCGUUGACGUGAAAUAUUUGUGCUAAAAUAUUAAACAUGAGCCAAAGGAUGCCUUAUGCAAGUCAGAUUGUCGACUUGCAAAUGGAGCGAGGAGUCUCAAGCUACGCACAUCAAGAGCCCAGCAUUCUCAUGGGGGGUACCUGGCAAUCUAACAUGCACUCUGCCACAGCUUCAGGGGUCAGAAAUAGCAUAAAUCUCAAUCAGUUAGCGGAUGGACAUGACAGUUCUGCGUUGUAUCAGAUGGUGCCAUAUGAUGGCGUUCAAAAUCAUGCCGCAAGAUUUGAUAUGGGCACUUCAAUGUCUUCGAUUGUCUAUUAUCCAUAUGUAGCCCCUUUAGCUGUUCCCAGAGUAUCCGCUGUUCCCAUGAAUUAUGGGUCGUCCGAACAGUUGAUAUCCUUCAGCAAUUCUGGGUUCAUUGGAGGUUCAUCUGACGAGUAUGGAAGGAGCCACUAUAAGGAUCAUUUCGAAGGUUCAUACAAGAGAAAGAACGCCGAAAGCACAAGCGCUUCUUUCGCUGCUCCUGUAGAUAUGAGGACUGAUGGUGGGACCAUCAUGGAUCCUCCACCUCACGCAUUGCCUGGGUAUAGAGAAAAUGAUGGUCCUUCAGUCAUGGAUGAUGGAUUUGACAGGAGCGUGAGAGUAAGAUCAGGUGCUCUUGGGAUAAACUCUAUUUAUCCACAUAAUGGUAGCAAUCUUGUGCCAGGAAGUUUUGUUGCACGGUCUAUUCAGCCAACGGGUGCUUUUUCGUUUGACCAACCACCUAGAAGUAAUGCCCUUGCUGGAGGUGCUGUGGCUUGGAAUCAGGCCCCUGUAAUUCCUUAUAUGCAUGCAGGCCCUGUGGAUGGAAUUCCUCUAGAAGUUGGCCACAUGGGUGUGCGAGGACCUCAUGAGACAGACAGAGAAAGAAGGGGCCUAAAUUUCCUGCAUUCUUCACACUUCGGCUACAUGGGCUAUAAUAACGUUCACCACCAAGUGCCUCAUGUGCAUGGAGUCAGAGAUCAUAAUGCCCCAUUUUCCCCUCAAGUUCCAGCAGCUUCAUUUCCAGUUCCACACAGUGCCAUGAACAUCCAUGGAGACGGUGUUAGGGGCCCUAGACAUGUGGGAUCUUUUGCAUCGCCUGGAUUCAGGAUGUACCAACCUCUCGUUGAGGGAAUAGCUCCUGAGACGAACCCAAUACAUUGCAAUGUUCCCCAGCUGAGAAUUUUGCCCGCUGAUGAAGUUGCGAUACUGGAUCUUCCUGAUUACUACAGAGUAGGGAAUCACAUUGACCAUCACAGGGACAUGCGCAUGGAUAUAGAGGACAUGUCUUAUGAGGAGCUCCUUGCAUUGGGGGAGCGGAUUGGCAGUGUAAAUACCGGGUUGUCUGAGGAAACAUUAAGCAGUCAGCUAAAAACGAGAAGACAUUUGUUGCCUUCGAUCUCUAUUAAUCUAGAAGAGGUGCCGAGUUUGGAGAAGGAAGCAGCUUCUUGCAUCAUAUGCCAGGAUGCUUAUGAGCAGCGAGAUCUUAUAGGCACUCUUGAUUGUGGGCACGAGUAUCACGCUGAUUGCUUGAAGAGGUGGCUCCUUGUGAAGAAUGUUUGCCCCGUAUGCAAAUCCGAAGCGCUGCCCAUGGAGAAAACGGGAUUGUAGGUGGAUGGUGACAUCAAUAUCGCCAUAUAAGAUUUGGUGAAACUCACCAUUUUAUUCCUUCAUAAGAGAGGAAAAGUACUAAUUCAUAAUUUGGAUGUUGGCCGUGUAAUUCAUUUGUGUACUUGUAGAUAUUCCGCUAACGAUAUUUGUUGCCUUCCGUUCCGGAUGAUCUACCGAUCCCACGCUCCCAAACUAAUUUUUUGCAUCCUCGUAAUGGGGAUGCUUUCACCCUGUUAAUGAGACUUGUACAGACUUGUAUAAUGUGCAUGUGUUUUUUGCAUUUAUGUUAGUGGAUACUGUUUGCAAAACAUGGCACCUACUUGUCGUUG